AUGGAGGUAACCACCUUAGUAGGGGCCCUACUGAGGAAGGCGAGGGCUGUCAAACUCAAGGUAGAUGAGGCCAAGGCUCAGCUUGCAAAGUUAAAGAAGAAGAGUACAAGUUGGGAGAGUGCCCACACUGAGCUGCAAGCGGUUAAUGCGGAGCUGAAGGAUACACGCCGCCAGAGAUUGUGUCAUCUUUCAGGAGAUGAAAGCUAUGGACUCCUCAAUAAAAGAUUGGUUCAUCAAGAAAAAAAAGAAACCAAAAUAGCAAACCCUUCUAAAAAAAUGAAGAACAAAGCAGAGCUUGUGUUUGUGGCAACCCCUGCAAUGGGUCACCUUGUAUCUAUAGUAGAGUUAGCCAAACACUUACUUGAUCGACACGAACAUUUCUCCAUAACAGUCCUCCUUAUCAAACCAUUCUUCCGUCCUUCCUACAAUCUCUAUGCUGAUUCACUCGCCGCCUCCGAAAGCCGACUGCGCUACAUCCACCUCCCUCCUCCACCACCUUCUGAACCAGCAGUCCCCAAGUCUCCGGAGAAGUUUAUCUCUGAUUUCGUGGAAAGCCAUAAAUCACAGGUCAGAGAAGCAAUCGUCAACCAUGUGUUGUCAUCUUCUCCGCCGACGGCGAGGCUGGCGGGGGUGGUGGUGGACUUUUUUUGCACCGCCAUGAUCGACGUCGCCAAUGAAUUCGCCGCCCCUACUUACCUAUUCUUUCCUUCCAGCGCCGCCUUUCUCGGCCUCAUGCUCCACCUCCCAAUCCGCCAUGCCCUGAUUGGAACGGAGUUCACCGUCUCAGAUCCGAACUCGGUCACUCACUUCCCGAGUUACGCUAACCCGGUCCCUACCUCGGUCCUACCCGCCUUUCUAUUCAACAAACACGGCGGCUACAACUGCUUUCUCAACCACGCCAGGAGGUUCAUAGAGACUAAGGGCAUAAUCGUAAAUACAUUCGAAGAGCUCGAAUCCUAUGCGGUGCAGUCUUUGUUAGUCUCGCCGGAAUCGCCACCGGUUUACGCCGUUGGACCGCUGCUUGACCUCACGGGCGAGGCCCGAUCGGGGAGCGAUCGAGACAAGAUCUUGAAAUGGCUCGACGAACAGCCUAUGUCGUCGGUCGUGUUCCUCUGCUUCGGAAGCGUAGGGUGCUUCGAUCCGCCGAAGCUGGCGGAGAUUGCGGAGGCGCUAGAGAAGAGCGGCCACCGGUUCUUGUGGUCCAUACGGCGGCCGCCACCAGAAGGCGGGUUAGCGAUGCCGACCGAUUGCGGUGGCGAUUACGAGGGCUUGUUGCCGGAAGGAUUUCUGAAACGGACAGAAAACAGAGGAAUGGUGUGCGGAUGGGCCCCGCAGACGGCGGUGCUGGGCCACGCGGCGGUGGGAGGGUUUGUGUCGCACUGCGGGUGGAACUCGAUUUUGGAGAGCUUGUGGUUCGGUGUUCCGAUCGUGACAUGGCCGAUCUACGCAGAGCAACAGAUGAAUGCAUUUGAGAUGGUGGUGGAUUUGGAUCUGGCGGUGAAGCUGAGAUUGGACUGUAGGGAUGAACGUGGUGGAGGCAGCGGCGGAGUUGAGGUGGUGGUGGCGGCGGAGGAGAUAGAGAGAGCAGUGAGGGGUGUGAUGGAUGGUGGGAAUCUGGUGAGGGAGAGAGAGAGAGAGAUGAGAGACAAUAGCAGAGAGGCUUUUAUGGAAGGUGGGUCUUCGUUUAGUUCGUUAACUAGGUUGGUUGGUGAUAUGCUAGGAAACGACUGAUCAUAGAAAGUUUGUUAUAAUUAUUGGAGGGAAAAUUAUUUCUUCCUUAAAUUCACUUUAUAUUUCAAUCAUCAAUUAGAAUAAUUAUCCUUGAUGUGGUAUUUGGAUAAAAUCCGUUUGUUGAUAUAAUAUUUUCAAUGAUCAAUUUGAACAAUUAUUCAUUUUAACGAAAUAUAUAAUACUUGUUUGUUGAUAUAA